CCAGGCCCAGCUCCCUCAGUCUCCCUCUACCGACCUACCUACCUACCUACCUACCUAUUGUUCCCUUCUUCAUCCUCCUCCAAAUUCAAUUCCUUCCAGUAAUCGAUCAAUUGGAGAAAUGUACCAGCAGCAACAGUCGCAGAGCAACUCGUCGUCCUUCUCCAUGGACGAAGAGCAGCAGCAGCAGGAAAUGUACAACUCCUACUCCUACUCCUACUCGUACAACAACAGCAGCAGCAGCAGCCCUAAUUCUUCCGUGGACUGCACACUUUCCCUCGGCACGCCUUCCACACGCCUCCAGCACUCCGCACCACAUCACCAUCACCAUAAGAAGCGCACAUCCAGAUCAGCCUGGUCGAAUUUCUUCUCUUCCGACAACAACGAAAACGCUGCGCCGCCGCCCUGCAGAAACGACACUCUCCUCGCGCGGCGCUGCGCCAAUUGCGACACCACUUCUACACCCCUAUGGCGAAACGGCCCACGUGGCCCCAAGUCUCUCUGCAAUGCUUGUGGAAUUCGAUACAAAAAGGAAGAAAAGAGAGCCAUGGCGGCCGCUGCCGGCUCGAGCCAUAGAAGCCACGCCGACUCACAGUACAUGAUGAUGAGCAGCGCGUGGACGGCGGCAGGGGGAGCGGCGGCGCCGUACUAUCCUUCGGGCUAUGGCAAUGAAUACGAAGACGACGUCGUUUACCAGCAGCACGACUACGACAACUGGCGGGCAAGGUUUGUUCACGAAUGAUGACGAUGAUAGAUGAUUGAAUUCAGUUCAUUAAUUGGACAUGAAUCAUAACAAAAACAAACACUGCUGAAAGAGCCGCAAAUCGACGAGUCAGUCCCAUGAUAGCGACGUACGGACUAAAAUUAAUUAAACAAAGUGUUAGUAAGUGACUGAGCUGACUCGACUCAGUCAUGAUUAUUAUUAUUAUUAUUAUUAUUCUUUUCUUUUUCAGAUGAUUAUGAAUUAUUUAUUUGUAUUAUUAUUAUUAAUUAUUUUUGUUGGUGAAGAUAUAUAGUCGGGGGUGAGGUGAGGUCAGUCUAGAUAGAUGGUUGAGUGAAAAGGAGUUAAUUCUAUAUGUGUCUGUGGUGGUCAGAUUUUGCUUUCUCUUUCUUAGCUUUCACUUCUUUUUUUGUAUUCGGUCAAAAUUCAAAUUGCCAUAGCCAUUUGCCAUUCAUUUGUAGUGCCUUUUUGCGCGUUUGCCUGUCUUCAUAACCCUCCUUUAUUAUAAACUGUUCUUAUGUAUUUAUGUGCUGCCCCAAAUCCCGAUUGACCUCUUUUGCCAUGGGAUGGUUAAAAUCAGCGUUAUGUUGAUUUUUCAAUUCAUCACAUCACAAUUUAUAUGUACAAACAACAUACAA